AUUAGAGGCCACGAAACCAGCGACCCGGGACGAGAAGCACCUCGACUUCCUCUCUCUCUCAGCCAUCCUUGUCAUCCUCGUCAACAACUACGUCCCCACCGGUGUAUACCAUUCUACCGUACAUCUCCCCUUGCAUCCCUCUGUAAUCUCAUCUGUACACCUAUCUUACCCCCCCGCAGUCAUGCACUCUACUUCACAACCUAUUGCUUGCCAGCCCCCUAAUCCCUCCGACUUCCACAUGUUCCCAGAACCAUUCGCAGUCCCAAACAGCGCCAUAUCAGCCUCCUACUUCAUUGGCUCCCCCAUCUCUUGGAAGCCGGGUUCGUUUGGCAGCCGAUUCUACCCCGGCUGCUCCCCUGGCCAGCUCCUCGGCCCACUCGAUCCCAGUGACUUCAGGUGCGACAAGAUGUCCUCUUCCAUAGAGAGCGACCGAGGUUCUAUCCUCAACGCCGCACUCGGCGCCUUCGAUCGCGAGGACGAACUGUGUAAGAACUACUCUUGCUGCGGUCUUCAGAUAGACGACCUCCAUGGCCUCGUACAGCAUUUCGAGGAGGUCCAUGUCGUCGUCGUCGACCAGUUUGGCCAGCCUCAUCCAAGGAUGGCCGCACAACCCGUUGCCCAUCAACCGCAACCUAUCCGCACCCAGCACAUCUCAUACUUCCCUGAGACGAGUACCCAGCCGCCCGCGGCCUCUUACAAUCAAGGCGGUUUCGAUCCAGAUGAUAUGGAGCUUGAUGUCGAUCACUCUAGUUCACCAUCUUCGGGUGGCCCGACCCCACCCGAUACGCCCCUUACAACGCCCCUGUCGUCACAUCCGUCACACUCGUUCCCCCACUUGGGCAAGGAUGGCUCGCAACAUAUGCUUGUUUCGGCGUUUGACACCACAACCAUACCAACGCGUUCCAUACAUGGUCACUCGAUAGCGGUGUUCCCACCAUCAAGGAAUAGCCCUUCUAACAACACGGAACCAUUUAAUGGCUACGCGGGUUAUUCCGAUUACUCGUCAUCUAUGCCUGGCGCCGCUCCACUGCCCGUAUCUGACGAACACCUCCCCGUUGCUACUCCUAGCGCCCAAGAGCCUGCCUACACUCGCAGUUCCGCCCCCUCGACUACUCAGUCGUCGAGAGAUUCCUCCGCCCCUUCCAAGGCGACGUCCCAACAAACGAGUCCCCGUGCAAGUAUAACCCUUUCUCGUCCCGCAUCAUCACUCCUGCUAUCGAAGCCGUUCCGUUGCCCGAAACCUAAUUGCAACAAGAGUUACAAGCAAGCCAAUGGCUUGAAGUAUCACAUGACGCAUGGCAGUUGUAACUUUGCGCCGCCGAAAGACCUCGAGCAGGUGCAAGCGCUACUUGCCAGCAAGCGCUCCGCUCGGGAAGCCGCAGGAGAUGAGGACAAUAUGAUCAGCGAGGGUGAACUGCGUGAAGUGGAACGUGAAGCAGAGCGCCGGCUUCGGCCAUUCGCGUGUGGGAUUGGUGACUGCCAGCGGCGGUACAAAAACAUGAACGGACUGCGGUAUCACUACCAACAUUCUGGCGAGCACGGGGCGAUUGGCCUGAGCCUACUUGCGAGCGGACAGCACGAGUGUCUGCAACACGCUCACAAGAACUCGAGCGCCGCAAGUUCGCGACAGUCGACACCGAUGGCUAGUGGCCAGACAACACCUGUCACUCCCUCGACGCCGACGUACGCUCAGCAGUACCAACAACAGAUGAUGUAUACCUCUGCCCAACAUCAGUAUAUGCGAGCUCAGCAACAAGCUAUGCAGAUCCAGGUGCAGCUGGCGUACGCGGCGUCUGCUGAUGCCACCGCUCAAAUAUGA